UGACGCUUCCCUAUUUCCUCCCCGCAGGUUUUAUUUUGAAUUUUAGUUCGUAUUCUGGAUUAACACUUUAGCAACCGUUUGUGAUCAAUUAAAGAAAGUUAACCUUUUACAAACACACAAUAUUAAAUUUAAUUAACAUUGAAAAAAAAAGAACUCAAGUCGACAAAUAUGAAGUUCGUGUUUGUUCUUCUAUUAGUACCCCUUUCGGGGGUACUUUCUUAUUUGCCAACUGGAAAAGAGAGCUAUUUGUCCAGUAUUUUUCUUCGCGAUUUGGUAAAUAGAAUCAAUAGGAAAGAGGACUUGAGAAAUGGUGGAAUAUCCUAUCUAGAUCUAACAGAAGGUCUACCAUUGGAUACAAGAGAUUUGGAGGAAGAGCAAGAUUAUGACAGUUUGGGGGAUAUUAAUAUGCAUCCCAGUAUCAGAGACCAGGAGUAUAUCCAGCAUGGUAGCCUGUGGGGCAAUCAAUACAUUUCCGGAGGAUCGGGUGAUGGAAACCAAAUUCUUACUCCCGGAUUGAAGAUUACCAAGCAAGAGAUUAAGACAGAUGCUACGUUGCCGGCCUAUUGCAAUCCACCUAAUCCUUGUCCCGUCGGAUAUAAUAAUAAUCAAGGAUGUUUGGAAAACUUUGAAAACACCGCUGCUUAUAGCCGCAGCUACCAGGCAAUGCAGGAUUGUAUGUGCGACACCGAACACAUGUUCGACUGUCCCAGCGUUAACAACCCGAUGGAAGAUCCAAUGGAUGUGGCUCGCGUUGAUUUUGGUCGUUUUCUACAACAAUCGUUGAAGAUGAAUCCGCAUAAAAGUUUGAUCGCCAAAAAGUAUCAUACUUCUGAAAAGAAAGCCAAUCCAUUCCUGGAGGGUGAGAAGUUACCAGUAGCGGCGAAGAAGGGCAACAACAUGUACUAAGCCCAGCAGCACCGCUCUUGCCGGCUAGGAUGGGCCCUAGCCGCGCACUGCUACGUCAACGCAGCACAUCGGACCUCGGCCCAAACCCAAUACUACCGACCCGCGGCAAAGAACAAGGACGAUUCUCUCACUCUAAUUAAUAUUUAACUAAUCCCGAAUCAGUUUAAUCUGAAAUCCCCAUCUCGUGAACAAUAUUUUAGAUAGUAGUUGCUUUUUAUGUGCUAAAUAUACUCAUUAAAUACACCGAGUAUGCGUGAAUCAUGUCAGGGACACAAAAACACGACCUGACAAUUGUAGAGAGCAUUUCUCUUGAAUGAUUUUCGAAAACGGAAAUCCACACACCGGUUGAGACAUUACUUAAUCGCGCUGUGGUCGGCGCAGAUUGGGCUCUGCGCGAACCGCACGCGCCCCCACUCACGAUUUUGACGACAUGGCCCUAUUCGACUCUAUUGAUAGUACGACGGGCGGGGAGAGUUAACCUGUGUGUCUAUGCGCGGUUUACUUUCCUCGCCCCGCUCUUUCUUUGACACUUUGAAUAGAGUCGAAUUCACUCACGAAUUAUUGACACGACAAAAAACCUAAUAAUAAAACUUAACUACUUUCUCUAACUCUUAUUGCAAAUUUUAAUGGUGGACUAUUUGUACAAACCUGCUACUUUCUUCAGAUUUACUUGGAAACAUAAUAUAAUGUAUUAUUGGUGUUUUAAAAUAUUUAUCGAUGUUACUAAAAUGGUUAACCAUUUUAUAACAGACAGGCUUGCUAGGCCUGUUGCCCAGGCAUGUUCUGUUAUACUCAACCAAUAAACGUAUUCUCUUAAUGCA